CAAACGUCGUUGAAGUAGUCUUUCUGAAUACAGGUGUCUUGUCGGAGUAAUACUUCAAGCUCUGAUUCCUGCAGACUCAACUUUAAUACAUGUAUUUAAUGAGUAAGAAAAUAUGGACUUAAUUAUUUGCGUUUAAGACUCGGUCAACACCUUGAGCAUAUUUGAUAAUGGAUUUAUGGAUCUAUAACGUGGUUUUUCUGAGUACAUUUUAUCAAGUAAUGUUGUCAAAAACUGAAGAAACAAAAGAAUUCUGCCACAAUGAAAGAAAAAACAUUGUAACUGGCAUUGAUUGUGACGUCAGACAUAUUACGAUUACUGCAGAGGGAGAUCCUAAUCAUGUUGAUCAAUGCGAUUGGAAUCAAGGAAAAAUGUUGUGUAUUAAUGGGAAUUAUGAGAAUACCAAUAAAUCUCUUCGAUUCAGUUUCACUUUUCAUCUGAAACAACAUUCGGGAAAACAGAUGGUGAUACAUUCCAGGUGUAAAAAUGGAAGCCAUGUCAAUAAAACUUAUAUUAUGAUACCAUGUCGUUCAGAAUUCACGGUUUCUGCCACCCACAACAAAGAACACAUAAAUCUGACCUGUCAACAUAAAUUCUUCAAUUUGUCAUCAGACGGAAUCCAUAUAAAGAGGAAGGAAAAAGAUGAUUUUAUCGUCACCUGUACAUGGAAUAGAGGAAUAUCAGAGACACAGUGUCAAACAAAAGAACAAGGACACGCUCACAAAAAUGGAAUAGCCGGUUAUACAGCAGAGUAUCCUGGAGAGUACCAGUGUGUGAUGGGUGGACAGAUCAUUGAUAUACCGUCCAGAGAGGUCUCCACAUCCACAGAGGUCCCCACAUCUCAAGGGAUUACAACACAGGAACCAAGCAACUUGAACAAGACAAGAAACGCAUCACGUGGUACAAGUAGCGGGUGUAGGAGCCAGUCUUUUACCCAAAUGGACUUUCUGAUACCACUGUUUAUUAUGUAUUGUACCUAUAGUGUACAAUAUUUCAGUGAAUGUGGAUAUUUUCUUUUACCAAGUUGAAAAACAACAUGAUUCCCACACCUUUUGAUGUUCAUGCAAGGAACAUCCUCUUCGUUAUAGAAGGCCCUUAUCAACUAUCAGCUAUGUGAUAAGAAUAUCGGUGUUUUUUGUUUGAUGAAGAUAGUGUUCUCGGUGAAACUUAACACGUUUCUAUCGAUGUAAAAUAACCAUUCCCGGAACAAAGUUCUUUUUUUAGCGAUUGAAAAAUGCGUUUAAUCCAAAUUCUCCUAUCCUUUCUACUAUUAUGAGGGUCACGCUGCAUUGCAAUCGUGUCCAAUUGACAGAGAAUGCUCAAAACUAAGUGGAAAAUGAUCUCUAUUUUGAUGUUUUUGUUCUCCAUUUAAACCCAGCUGUUGAUUUGUUUGAUGUUUGUUAUUUUAAUUUUUAAUUUGCACUGGGGUUCAUUGCAAUAUGAAAUGCAUUUUUCAUUUUCUAGUUAAAUUCAUGCAAGACCGUUAAUUUUCGAUAACAAAAUGAAUAUGACAAAAGUUGUUUCCCCCAUUGUAAUUGAAAAACAAACUAAAGAGCUUUUAUUUGUUAGUGCUCACAUAAUGGUGUAACUAUACUUUUUUAAACGAACAUUUUGAGGACAGACUCAAAAGAUAUUCAAGAUAAAGCUUAAAGUUCUUGUUUGUAUGAAUGGUGUAUUAAGCUAUGAUAGAAUGA